UGCCGCUCCGGGCUGCUGGAGGCAGUGGGGACCAUGGGGCUGGUGGCUUGCAAAGGGCACUAGCCUCUGCCUGUGAAGAGGCCUCAACUCUGUGACCCCCUCCCCCCACCACCACCAUCAUGGAGCCCCUGAAGGAGAGGGCUGGGUGGUGCACAGGGCACCGGGGGGAGGAGGCUGUGGCUGAAAGGAGACCCUUGCUGCAAGAGGACAUCGGCCAGGAUGGCAUUGCGAUGGGGGUUGAGCCGACAGGCUGGGGGACAGAUGAUCCAGACUUAGAAGAAAAUGAGGUUGGCACAGAUCCUGUUCGGGUCAUGAUGUUGCCACUUCAGGCCCAGCAUGCCAUGGAGAAGAUGGAAGAAUUUGUCCUGAAGGUCUGGGAGGGUCGCUGGCGUGUCAUGCCUUAUGAUGUGCUGCCUGACUGGCUGAAGGACAAUGACUUCCUCCUCCAUGGGCACCGGCCGCCAAUGCCCUCCUUCCGUGCUUGUUUCCGAAGCAUCUUCCGCCUCCACACGGAGACGGGCAACAUCUGGACACAUCUGCUUGGGUUCCUCUUCUUCUUGGUCUUGGGCAUUGGAUACAUGAUCAGCCCCAACAUGAAGUACGUUGCCCCCAUCCAGGAACGUGUUGUCUUUGGCAUGUUCUUCUUGGGAGCCAUCCUUUGCCUCUGCUUCUCCUGGCUGUUCCACACGGUCUACUGCCACUCAGAGGAGGUUUCCCGCACCUUCUCCAAACUGGAUUACUCUGGAAUCGCCCUGCUCACCAUGGGCAGUUUUGUUCCCUGGCUCUAUUACUCCUUCUACUGCUCACCUCAACCCCAACUCAUCUACCUCGUCAUCAUAUGUGUCCUGGGUGUCACAGCCAUCAUGGUGUCGCAGUGGGACCACUUUGCCACGCCACAGUACCGGGCCGUCCGAGCAGGGGUGUUCCUGGGACUCGGGCUGAGUGGCUUGGUCCCGACACUCCACUUCAUGAUUUCUGAAGGAUUCAUCAAGGCCACGACCGUGGGGCAGAUCGGGUGGCUCUUCCUCAUGGCAGUCCUCUACAUCCUGGGCGUGGGCCUGUACGCUGCCCGAAUCCCCGAACGCUUCUUCCCGGGCAAGUGCGACAUAUGGUUCCACUCCCACCAGAUCUUCCAUGUGCUGGUGGUGGCGGCUGCUUGUGUCCAUCUCCAUGGGGUCUCCCAGCUGCAAGCAUUCCGCUCUUCCUUGGGGGGCACCUGCACCGAGAAUACUGUGCUCUGAUAGCCUUCCGAGACCAGACUGACCACCUCUCCUGGACAAGGGCAGCCCUUGCACACUGCACUCCAUAUGGACCAAGAGCGCAGGGCCUUACACCCCCCCCCCCUUUUUAAGGGCACUGCACCUGUUUGAGGAGGGGGCUGUUCCUCCCUUCUCCUUCCUUCCUUUGAAGAAAAUCGCUGUGUCUCA